CACCGAGUAUAACUCAAUCCACUUUCAUAUGCCUAUAAUACCUACAUAACAUAAUACGUUUCGUUUUAGCGACAAUUUUUCCAUUUGCUCUUAGUCCUUCCUCUCUAUAUACAGUCUCUAUGACGAGAUGAUAAUGUUAUAAAUGAACAAUAAAAACAACACUAAAUUAGCGUAUCAAGUUUAUACAAUUUGUUUGAAUUAAGUUGACAGUGUCUAAAAUCCGUGCUCUGUGUUUGUGGUGCGGUAAAAAUUUGCGUGUUUUAAAAACUAAAUAAAACUUUACUUUAUUAAGUAGGUAUUUACCUAUUUAAGAAUACAGUUUUAAUUGGUGCACGUUAAUUUCGUGAAAUCAAGUGCAAAUAUAGAUUUGAAUAGUAAACAUGAAAAAGAAAACGACGCAGAAGAGAGCAAAACUUUUUAAAAAGAGAAGAUUUACAAUGUUGGGAGACUAUGAGGACGAAUCUUCCUCUUCAAGUGGAGAACAUACACCAACAAGAAGAAAUAAUACGAGUCACCACCAAAGUAUUCAAAAUAACCCAUCGAUUUUAUCAUCGUUGAGAAGUGUUUUGAUCGUGCUGAGUACUGCCCUUAUAUGUUUCGCUGCAGCCAGAAAUUCUAUUACUUGGCAUUGUCAGAGAUUCUGGGGUGCAUCUGGAGAUUUCUGGCAGGCGCAAUGGGAUAAAUUUUUGGAUAUCGUCGGCGAAGACCCGUUCACUCUUUGGGUGUACUGUUCUAUGGCCAUCACUUUCGCGGUAUAUUGGCUAUUUGGAGGAAUUUAUAUAUUUAUGGAUAUGACAAAUAUGCCUUCUGUGAUAAGAAAAUACAAAAUUCAACCUGGUACCAACGAACCAGUUGAUAAUAGAAAAUUAUUACAUGUAAUAUACUGCGUCUUAUUUAACCAAUUCGUAGUGGGUAUCCCAUUAUCGAUUAUAAUGUACUGGGCGAUGACAUGGAGGGGUUAUCCACCACUUCGAGAAUUGCCGACUUUCCACUGGGUGUUAUUUGAAUUAGCGAUCCAUAUCUUAACUGAAGAAGUUGGAUUUUACUAUUCACAUAGAUUACUCCACAGUCGUUUCCUUUACAAAUACAUCCACAAACAGCAUCAUGAAUGGACAGCUCCGAUUGCAGUAACUGCUAUUUACUGUCACCCUAUAGAACAUAUUUUCUCCAAUCUGCUGCCUCCAUUUUUGGGUGUAUUUUUGAUGGGAUCACAUAUGGCAACAGCUUGGCUCUGGUUCACUUUGGCUAUUUUAUCUACUUUGAAUGCACAUUCCGGAUACCACCUACCGUUUUUCCCUAGUCCAGAAGCUCAUGAUUUUCAUCAUUUGAAAUUCAACAAUUGUUUUGGUGUUUUGGGAGUACUCGACAGAUUACACGGGACUGACACCAGUUUCCGUCAAUCGAGAGCAUACAUGCGCCACAUCAUGAUGCUAAGCUUUAUGCCACCAAGGGAAGCUUUCCCUGAAGGUGAUACGUGUAAACACAAACUGGGAAAACAACACUAGAACUAGUAGUUUACUCGAAAAGAUUUUUCUAAACAAAAAGGUUUUUAUUUUAGUUAAUACCAUCGAGGUAAAAAUUUUAAAUAGAAAUAAGUGGAAUAUUUUCGUGAUAAGAACAGCAAAUUUUGGAAAAAUUAUGAGCUGUAUUUUUUGGCAUAUUUCAUUAAAAAUAAAGAAGCAAUUCGUAUACAAAUUUAUCUUAAUGAAUUUGUUUUUCAUCUAAAUCAUGAUUGGCCACAGGUCAUUUAAUAAAUAUUUAUGUUGUGUAAUAUUUGAAAUUAGUGAAUUAUAUUUUUUUAAAAAAGAGAUGAUUUAUUGUCAGAAUUAUUAGUUAGAUUAUAGUUGAUUAUGAAGUGAUGAAAAUCAAUUUCUACUUUAAUAGAAGGGUGCAAAUAAAAAAUUAGUUACAUACUUUUAACACCUCUUCUCUUCAUUAAUUCUCCAACACUAUCUUUGCACUACGGCGAUAUUUUUGUGAAUUAUAUACUUCAUACUUUAUUUAACAAUAUUUUAAGAGGGUUGCUUGGUAUUAUGAGACUGAUGAAGAAAGUGAUAGGAUAUGAUAUGUUAUUACAUUUUUAAAAAUGUAAUUCUUCUCAUUAAUUUGAAGUAAUUUUACAAAUGUUAAUGUGAAUAUUAUGUUGUAAGUACUUUAAAGUUCAAAUUACCUAUUAUAAGCAAAUGGAUUGAUAAGUCCUGCGA